UAAUUUUAAGAGCCUUUAUAACUCUUUUGAUUAUUGAUGAAAUAACAUUAUUAUACUAAUUUUAAUUUAAUGUUUUAGUGUAUUACACCUGUAAAAACUUUUCAAACUUUGAAAACAUUGUUGAAAGAAGGUUACUGGUAGGAAAUUAUAUUUAAAAUAUCAAUGUUUACUUUUGUCACAACCAAUUGGGUUUCCGCCCAACAACCAUGUACAUUGUGUACAUACACCUUUUGAAACAUUGGUUCAGUGUUGGUUGAACAGUGGGAGAAACUAGAUAUCUGAACCUACAGAAAGAGUUGUCAAGAUGCACUCUAGUCAAAUUUUACUCAUCUUGAUGAAAAUUAAGUUUUUACCUGUUCGACAAAACAAGCUUGGCGACCUGAAGUUCUACCCUGGUUUUGGAUUUAUUAUUUUUCACCUUCUCUUCAAUAUUUCUUUCGUUGUAUGUGAUUAUAGUUGGGUGAUGCAGGGUCCAAUGACUACUAUGCAAAUUUUGUAUAUUGGAAUGGAGUCAGUGUUUCUUGGGAGUUCUAUCACUGUGUCUGUUGGAGUUGGAUUAUCUAUGGUUAGAUCAGGACCAUCAAUCCUUGAUCUAAACUGUCCUGUCAGCAAAAUGUUUAUGGCUAAGCAGAUCCUAGUUUUGCUGUCUUACUUUAUAGGCGUUCUCUUCUCUAAGAUGGAAUGGUUUUUACAGCUUGACCCUGUUACUGACGCAUAUUUGUUGGUUUCAAUUGUUUUCCUCAUUUUAUACAAUAGCAUCAUGUUGUUUUGCAUGUUUGCUUUUCUGCAUGCCUGCACUGCUAAUUUUCAAAGCAAAUGCAGGGAUGCUCUUGUUAAGGAUCAACUAAACUCAGAAGAUUUGAUAAACUUGAUCAAAGAAUAUAAACUGUUUAAGUCAGGACUGGAGUAUAUUUUGCUUUUAAUAUUUCCUCUUGGGCAGCUGGUUGUUAUUUUUGCUGUGUAUUAUUUUAUCAUUUCAAGAAUGUACUGGAGUCUCAUCUUGGCAGCACUUGCAGUCUUUAGUAUACAAUAUGGUAUAGUGCAUAAUGUGGAAAUCAUAUAUCAGCAGAUUGAGCAAAUUGUAUCUAAAGGAAACUCUGAUGCAUAUCGGAUGAUGGAUAUGAUUAAGAUUCAUAAGAUGCAGAAUCAAGUAGGGGAGCUUGAAAAGAGUGGUCCAGUAACUACUUUUGGAUUCUUUACAGUGAACAGGGGGAUAUUUACUGCUAUGGUUUCUACUACUAUAACCUACAUACUUAUUCUCAUACAGAUGCUUUAAAUGUUAAUAAACUAAUAGAUUUUCUAGGCCCAUUUUUAUGUGUUAUUUUUUCAAUAUAUGUAAACAGAUAUUUGCCACUUUUAACAAUUGUAGUUUAUAUUCUGUGUGUUGCAUAAUUUAUUCGUCAAAUAUAUUUGGAAGUUGAACUUAACUAUUUUUGAGCAUCAAAGAUAAAGGGAAAAAGUUUUUUUUGGACUAUUGUCGUGAUCUAUAUUAAUACAAAGAAGAUGACUUUCGAUUUCAAAUUUGGAUAUCUAGCAAGCUUUCUAACAGCAUGGAUACAGAUAAACAUGAAAGCAAAGCGAAGCUGUCCAUUAACAGUUUCUCUUUGUUUACUUGUAUACUUGUAAUUUGAAUAGAUCUUGUUAGAAAUCAAAACCAAAUUAUCUUAUUUGUUAAGAU